UUCUUUGUUUCCUCGCUCCAGCCAGGCUGCUUUUUCGAUUUUUCAACCCUCCCGCACGGAACGGAACAACAGGAUGCGGAUAACGACAGCAUCGAGAUGGCUCGUAGGUCUGACGGUUGGCCUGUUGGUGGUGACGAGCGCCCUCGCUAACCCCCUGGAUGAGGCUGCCCGUGCCGCUCUCUUCCGCCGGACGCGCCUCGGUGGCCCCAAAGUCUACAAGCAUGAGGAUCAGAGCCGUCCGGGUGUCCCGGUGGCGGACAAUCUCGAUCGGGGGACGGGAAGUCCGGCCGGGGAGGAGAGUCCGUCCCAGGGUCGUAAGGCAUCGGUGGCCGAGGAGGAAGUGACGACGGCUGUCGCGGCUCCAGUUCCUCCGGUGAAGCCGGGUUUGAAUCGGUUGUUUGCCCGCAAGAAGUACAGCCCACUGUUGCGUGACGGAGCCAGCAAGGGUUCUGGUGAAGCUGCUGGUUCUCCGGCCGUUUCGACAACGACGACGACUACGGUGGGUCCUUCGGUGAGUUCGGAAGGUGAAGAUGGUGGAUCGACAUCAGGAACGACUCGACGCACGAGACCCACGCGUCCUGGAAAGCUGCCUCGUUCAACAACCCCCAAACCAACGGUGUCUGUGAAGCCCACGAAAAUCUCAUCCAGGUUCUCGAAGCCCACAACCGAGCCGGUGGAGACGACGGUGGCGAGUGUAACGGCACGCACGACUCGUGGACGACGAACGCGUCCUUCAAAGCCCUCGAAGCUUUCGGGUGCAUCGACGACAACGACGACAACCACCACCGAAGAGCCUACCACAACGACAACCACGACGACGACGACGACAACAACGACCACCACGACAACGACACCGGCUCCAACAACGACCACCAGCAGUACGACGGUGGCUCCCAGCUCCACGUCGACGACCACGGAAGUGUCCUCGGACGUGUCUUUGACUGGCCUAGCAGGAUCUCACGUCGUGGUGGCUGAGGGUGGAUCUCCUGCAUCCAAAGGCGCCGUAACACCUGCGGACGAUGACGAACCGGAUGUGCCGAGAACAUCCACGACGACGACGACGACGACCACUAGCACCGCAACAACGGCGACUCCGAAGAAAGAGGCCGCGGAACCAUCCCAAGACGUUCCGGUGAAGAAGGCCGAUCGUGUCAUCCCGGUGGUGGAGCGACAGGACGAGCUGAGUGAAAAUGAGAGUCUGCUGCAGUCGGCCAGCUACGAUCCACCUGUCGUAGAGCAGGAGAAGCAGCAUGAGGAUGAGCAUGAACAGCAGUAGCGGAGAGAAUGAGGAGGCCCCAACGGAAGGGCAAUGUGUGCCUGUGUGUGAUAAGGAUGUGAGCGAAUAUAGCGUUUGAUUUCUUGUGCUUUUCCGUUUUGCUAGCCAUUCUUCGGCAGCGUUCGUCUGUCGCUAGCGAAUGCUACACGAAUGAAAAAAAAGUUUAGU